CGUGCACCAGUAAACCCUAAUCCUACAUGAAGAAACCCUAAUCGAUUAGAUGCUCUUCUACACAUCUGCCUGCUCAUAUCUCACUUUCCUCUGCGCCUGUCUUAGACCGAAUACAAUGCCAUUUGUAAUGUUUUGGAGGCGCAUAGUUUGUUCAGGCAAAUUUUCGCCAUGUCUUCCUCUAACAAUUAGACUGCAUUCUCCAUCAUUCACAUUACCACCAUUCUCGCCGCUUUCUUCAUCGUCAUCAUCUCAUAUUACAUACCCUUUCGAUAUUAUUUCAGAUCUUUUAACAAAAGAAUGUGGGUUUUCUUCUUCUCAAGUGACAACUGUCAUGAGAAGACAAAAACAGCUGUUGAGUUACAGAUCUGACCACAACGCUAGAGAAGUAAUUCAUCUCCUCAAAGACUCUGGAAUCACUGAAAACAAGCUUAAGAAUACCAUUCUCAGAUGUCCUACCAUACUUCAACUAAAGGUAGAUGCGCAGUUGAAGCCCAAGAUGGAAUUCCUAAAAGAAAUGGGCUUGGCUACUCAAGACAUAGCACCUAUUGUACAUCGCGCACCCAGAUUGCUUUCGUUGAGCUUAGAAAACUGUCUGGCCCCUAGAAUCCUCCAUCUUGAAACCCUAUUUGGCUCAAAGGUGCAUCUGUGCAAGGCCCUGAGAGUGGUGCCUCAGCUUUUGACGAGUGAUUUCGAGAAGCAGGUGCAACCUAAAGUGGAGUAUUUGAAGAAUAGGAUGGACAUUCUGGAAGGUUCAGCAGUGUUUGUGCGAGCCCUCUAUGCAGUUAUGAGCCUUAGUUUUGAAACCCUCGAAGUCAAAAUUAAACUUAUGGCUAGUCUUGGUCUGGCAGAGGAGGAAAUUCGUCAAAUUAUUAAGGUAUAUCCAGGAGUACUUAGUAUUUCAGCCAAAGGAUUGAAGGAAAAGUUUGAUUUCCUGAUACGCCCUGCAUGUCUUGAGCUCAAGAAUGUUGUUUCGAAUCCUCAGAUUUUGGGUUUAAGCUUAGAGAAAAGGCUCAAAACCCGCUAUGAAGUCUUCAAAACUCUAAGGACAAGUCCGUAUGCCAAGGCUAAGGGUCUAAUUACUCUGACUGGAUUCUUUAAGCUAGGUGAGAGAGAAUUUCUUGCUAAGUUUAGCCAAUACAAUACUCUAGUCAAGUCCAACGAUCAUACAAUCUCCUAAAGCAAGCAUUUCUAAAUGGUGAUGGGUGUUUCUCUUUCUGUGAUGGUUGGACUGGUGUUCUCUGGAACUCAUCUAGACCAAGGUAAUGUCUCAAGACCUUUACCUUCUUGAUUAAAAAAGACAAAAGACGAAAGAGAAGAAUACAAGGUACCGUGUUGGAAGAGGAAUCAGCAUCAGGAAGACAAAAGAUGGGACUUGAAAGCAUGGGAUUUUGCGUUGAAAACAGGGGAGCUCAAUAUCCUCUUUCUGUAUUGAGUUUACGAGAAGUAAAAGUCUGUGAAUUUCAUAUUUUUUCAGUCUAAGGAUCUGUAAAGCAGAUAUUUACUGUUUGUCAAAGCUGUCCCAUAUUAUCUCUCCCUGUAGAGUUUAUGUAAAUAAUCUGCCCUUGUUAUAAGAGUUCAGUAGUAGUAUUUGUGAAAAGCACCUUAUUUUAAUUAAAUUCCCAGAAAAUAA